ACACAAAAAUCGUAAAUAGUCAAACAAAAUCCAGUGAAUUACCAAAAAUGGAUACACACAAAUUUGGGGCAAAACUCACCUUCCCUCCCAUUUUCUCCACAUCUUCUUCCGCCUGAUCCACAAUUUCACUCAAAACCCUCACUCCCCCCGAACUAAAAAAUCCCCAAAUUCCGUCCAAAACGACACCGUAUUGACCCCUUUUCCUUCACCACCAAACCCUAACCCUAAUUCACCAUGCCAGGAGCCAUGCCAUCACCGCAAGGCAAAAUCCACCAAAUCGAACUAGAAAACUUCAAAUCAUACAAAGGCCAUCAAAUAAUCGGCCCGUUUUACGACUUCACCGCGAUUAUCGGUCCCAAUGGUUCCGGAAAAUCGAACUUAAUGGACGCUAUUAGCUUUGUUCUAGGUGUACGGACAGGUCAAUUGAGAGGGGCACAAUUAAAGGAUUUGAUUUAUGCGUUUGAUGACCGAGAUAAGGAACAAAGAGGCCGGAAAGCGUAUGUUAAGUUGGUUUAUCGGCUUGCGAAUGGCACCGAUUUGUUGUUUACGCGUAGUAUUACGAGUGCCGGUGGUAGCGAGUAUCGGAUUGAUGAUAGGGUUGUUAAUUGGGAUGAUUAUUGUAAUAAGUUGAAGUCUCUUGGUAUUCUUAUUAAGGCCAGAAAUUUUCUUGUUUUUCAGGGGGAUGUGGAGUCAGUUGCAUCUAAAAAUCCUAAAGAACUUACCAUGCUUCUUGAGCAAAUAUCUGGGUCUGACGAAGAUAAGAGAUUGUAUGAAGAUCUAGAGGAAAAGAAAGGAGCAGCUGAGGAAAAGUCUGCACUUGCUUAUCAGAAGAAAAGGACCAUUGUCGCGGAGAGAAAGCAAAAGAAGGAGCAGAAAGAAGAGGCCGAGAAGCAUAUGCGUUUGCAAGAGGAGUUGAUAUCGAAAAAGAAGGAACACUUCUUGUGGCAGUUAUUUAACAUAGAACAUGAUGUUGAGAAGGCCAAUGAGGAAAUUGAAGAGGAACAGAGAAGCCUUCAACAAAUUGUUGAUGAAUUGGAUGCAUAUGAGAAUGAAUCACGCAAAAAAGAGAAGGAGCAAGCCAAGUACAGAAAAGAAAUAGAUAAACGUGAAAAGAACAUUGCCGAGAAGAAAAAUAAAAUUGAUAAAAAUCAACCAGAGCUUAUGAAGCUGAAGGAGGAGAAGACCCGCUUGAAUGCAAAACUUAAGAAUACUGGGAAAGAGCUUGAUAAAAGGAAAGAAGAGAAGAAGAAGCACAUGGUGGAAAUUGAAAAGCUUAGGAAUGAUUUGGAGGACCUUACAAAGCAAAUUGAUAACUUGCAAACAAAAGGUCAAUCUGAAGGGGGGAAGCUUCAUUUAGCUGAUGAUCAAUUGGAUGCAUAUAACCGCAUUAAAGAGGAAGCUGGUAUGAAGACUACUAAGUUAAGGGACGAGAAAGAGGUACAAGACAGGGAACAACAUGCUGAUGUGGAAGCUCAGAAGAAUUUGGUAGAGAAUCUUCAGCAGUUGGAGAGUAGAAAGCAAGAGCUUGAGUCACAACAGAAACAAAUGCAAAGUCGACUAAAAAAGAUUAUAGAGGCCAUUGGAAAACAUAAUGAAGAGCUCAAACGACUCAGAAAGGAACAAAAUGACACUAGGAAGAAACUUGGAGAUUCCAAAGAAAAAUAUGAGAUGCUGAGGGCGAAGAUAAGCGAAUUAGAGAAUCAAUUACGUGAAUUAAAGGCUGACAAACAUGAGAAUGAUAGAGAUGCAAAGUUGUCACAAUCGGUUGAGGCCCUGAGACGUCUUUUUCCUGGUGUUCAUGGUCGUAUGACCGAGUUGUGCCGGCCGACACAGAAGAAAUAUAAUCUUGCUGUUACUGUUGCUAUGGGUAGAUUUAUGGAUGCUGUAGUUGUUGAUACCGAUCAGACAGGAAAAGAAUGUAUUAAGUAUCUGAAAGACCAAAGGCUUCCUCCGAUGACAUUCAUACCUCUUCAUUCGGUCCGUGUAAAGCCAGUCAUUGAGAAGCUGCGCACCUUAGGCGGAACUGCAAGGCUUAUCUUUGAUGUGAUCCAAUUUGACCCAGUAUUGGAUAAGGCUAUUCUAUUUGCUGUUGGAAAUACUUUAGUCUGUGAUGAUCUUGACGAGGCUAAGCAUCUGAGUUGGACUGGAGAGCGAUAUAAAGUUGUAACUGUUGAUGGAAUUUUAUUGACAAAAGCUGGUACCAUGACUGGUGGUACGAGUGGUGGAAUGGAAGCAAGAUCGCAUAAAUGGGAUGAUAAAAAGAUAGACGGUCUUAAAAAGAAAAAAGAUGGGCUUGAAGCAGAGUUGCAAGAGCUUGGAUCUAUAAGGGAGAUGCAGUUAAAGGAGUCUGAAGCAUCUGGGAAGAUCAGUGGGCUCGAGAAGAAGAUUCAGUAUGCAGAGAUUGAAAAGAAAAAUAUGGAGGAGAAACUUUCCAAAUUGACGGUGGAAUACAGUAAUAUAAAAAAUGAAAUUGGUCAUAUUGAACCUCAACUUCUUAAGAUAAAGGAUAACAUAUCUUCAAGACAACGCAAAAUAUUGUCACUGGAGAAAAGAAUCAACGAAAUUGUUGACAAGAUCUACAAGAGAUUCAGUGAGUCUGUUGGGGUGGAAAAUAUCCGUGAGUAUGAAGAAAACCAGCUUGCAGCUGCACAGGAGCUGGCCGAGGAAAGACUUAGCUUGCGUAAUCAGCAAUCGAAGUUGAAAUACCAGUUGGAAUAUGAGAAAAAGAGGGACAUGGGAGCACGUAUUGCUAAACUAGAAUCAUCACAGAAUGAACUUAAAAAUGCUUUGGACGAGGUUGGUGAGAAAGAGAAAAAACUUAAAUCUAUGAUAGAGAAAGCUACUGAGGAGAUUGAUGCAUUGAAGGAAGAAAUUCAAGAGUGGAAGUCACUAUCAGAAGCUUGCGAGAAGGAGAUGAAAGAAUGGAAAGUAAAGAUCUCUGCUGCUACCACAAACAUAACGAAGCAUAAACACAGGAUCGAUACUAAGGAGAAUCUACUUGCACAGUUAAAUGCAAAGAAACAAGAUAUUCAGGAGAAGUGUGAGCUAGAACAAAUUAGCCUUCCAACCGUGGCUGACCCAAUGGAUACUGAUUCGACUGGUCCAGUGUAUGAUUUUGAGCAACUGGGUAAAUCACAUCGGCAUACAACAAACCCGAGGGAAAGGGAAAAAAUUGAGGCAGAGUUCAAACAAAAAAUUGGAAACAUAAUAUCAGAAAUUGACAGAACUGCUCCAAACUUGAAAGCUCUAGAUCAGUAUGCUGUUUUGCUGGAGAAGGAGAAAGAAGCAACCAAAGAGCAUGAAGAGGCCAGGGAAGCAGAGAAUCAAAUAAGCAAGCAGUUCAAUACUGUGAAGGCCAGAAGGCAUGCAUGUUUUAUGGACGCGUUCAACCAUAUAUUUCAUAAUAUUGACAAAAUCUACAAGCAACUCACGAAAAGCACCACGCAUCCGCUGGGUGGGACUGCAUAUCUUAACUUGGAAAAUGUGGAUGAACCAUUUUUACAUGGCAUUAAGUACUCUACUAUGCCCCCUACGAAGCGUUUUCGGGAUAUGGAGUUACUAUCUGGUGGGGAGAAAACCGUGGCAGCACUUGCUUUACUUUUCGCCAUCCACAGUUACAAGCCAUCGCCCUUUUUUAUACUGGAUGAGGUGGAUGCGGCUCUUGAUAAUCUAAAUGUUGCUAAGGUUGCUGGUUUCAUUAGAUCAAAAUCGUGCGGGGGAGAUAGGGCCAGUCAGGAUGUUCUAGAAGGGAAUGGUUUCCAGAGUAUUGUGAUAUCUCUCAAGGAUACCUUUUAUGACAAGGCUGAAGCUUUGGUUGGGGUUUACAGGGAUUCUGAAAGAGGCUGUUCAAGAACAUUGACAUUUGACCUAACUCAAUAUCGGGAGUCAUAAGAAUCGCAGAUUGGUUUGGGUGCUUUAAAGUUUUAAGUACGCGGUAACUCUUAAACACAUAUUGGAAGUACAUAAGCUUGACUUGUCUCUAGAUAUGUAGAUCUUUAAGGACUCUGUUUAGAAGUUAAAAGAUUGUAUGUAUUUGUGCAGGAUUUAAUAGCCUGUGUUGAAUACUUGAAUUGUGAUUUUAGUUAAAUCUAGAUAGUGAUUUUCUGUUGAUGCACA